AUGAAACCAUCUGACCAGGGACCACUACUCCGCCGAAAAUCUUCUAUUCCUCACUACCAGACCUUCGAUGGCAUAUCUCCUCCCAAAUCACGAGGCCGACCCUUGUCCGAUUCUUCCAAUUCCUCUAGUCAUGACAUUCACAAUUCCGACCGCGAGAACCAUCUCAGUUCGCCUUUGCCCAAAAAACAGAUGGCCAUUUUGGCCGUCAUAGCGCUAUGCGAACAGACAGCCCUCAAUUCGAUCAGCCCUUACCUCCCUCACAUGGCUUCAAGGUUUCCCGAAGUCAAUCCUGGACAAGAGGGCGUGUACGUUGGAACCAUAGCAUCCGCCUUUGCGCUUGCGCAACUCACUACAAACUUCUUUUGGGGCUGGCUAUCAGAUCGUAUAGGGAGAAAACCGGUAAUAUUGAUGGGCACAUUGUUUACAGCAGCCUGCUUUAUCGCAUUUGGCUUCGUCCGGACACUUUGGCAAGCCGUUGUGGUCCAGGCUCUGAUGGGACUGUUGAAUGGAAAUCAAGGUGUUGUCUCUACCUGCCUAGGUGAGAUUACAGAUCGCAGCAAUCAGUCCAGAGCUUUCACCUAUCUGCCUGUCAUAUACGGCCUCGGAGGAAUCACUGGUCCUGUUAUUGGCGGAGUCCUGGUGUCCCCAAGAAACCCGUUCGACAAGUCAAAACCGAAUCCUUAUCCGUAUCUACUGCCCAAUAUGUUCUCCGCGGCAAUUCUUAUAGUGGAUUUUGUCGUCACCUCAAUAUUUCUGGAAGAGAGUCUGGAAGAGGUCCAAUAUCUCCCACCUCUUGGAACUCGAGUUCGGAACUUAUUCGCUUGGUUUUGGCAAUUUUCGGCUUCAAGCAGACCGCAUUAUUUGAGGCGCAAAGGAAAAAUGCAACAACCUAGGAGCAAUGGACUGGUUGAGUCUUCAGACGAUGAAGACAGCGAUGGCUACUUAGAGCCAGCUACAUUCUUCUCUGCCACAGAGGAAUUGCGAAGCAGUGACGUGCUCAACAGAGACACCGUCCUCCUUCUCCUGACGUAUCUCAUCUUCCAACUGUCCAAUAUCUCCUUCAAUUCACUCUAUCCCAUUUUUGCGCAAGCUGCUCCGCCGACCGGACGGAACUUGGAUCCCGAAGAAAUCGGACUGUCACUUGCCUUUGCUGGAGUUGUGACCAUUUUAUUCCAAGUGGGCGUUUUUGGAAAAUUGCGAGAUAUGAUGGGCAAUAGAUGGGCUUACAGGGCUGGACUUGGAGGAUUCGUGAUUGCUUACAUUCUCAUGCCAUGGGUUGGGUAUAAGAAACGCGAUGACGGGCAAGGGGCGAUUACAAGCGGCGCUGCUUGGCUAUGGCUCGAGAUUUGCGCUGUACUUCUCAUCAAAACUGUCGCCGCUGUCGGAGGUCUAACGAGUGCUUUACUGCUGGUUACAAACUCUGCUCCCGAUCAUUCCGUCCUAGGAACACUUAACGGCCUCGCCCAGACACUUUCUGCAGCAGGCCGUGCCGUCGGUCCAUUUGUAUCCGGGGGCCUCUUCUCCCUUGCCACCAAAGUCCACCCAAAAGGUGAAGCACUAGCCUUUGGUAUUUUUGGCGGCGUCGCGUUCGUCGGCUUUUUACUCAGCUUUGGAAUCCGUUCUCCAAAUCUCGAGGCCGAAGGAUGGGCCUCUGGAAAUGAAGAAGAAGAUGAUGAAACAGAUAAAUCAGAAGAUGAAGAAACUUGA